AUGACGGUCACCGAACUAUCUAAGCCGGUCUUCCCUGCAGAGGCAGCAUCACAAGAUUAUGCCGCAUCUCUCGAUGUAGCGGAUCCUCUGCGUGAAUUCCGCGACCAGUUUAUCAUUCCCUCCAAGGCGAACCUCGCUACGAAGAAGCUGGCAAAGCCAGGUCUCUCGUCAGAGCCAAGUACGUACUUUUGCGGUAACUCAUUGGGCAUCCAGCCCAAGGCCGUAUCGAAGUAUAUGGAGGCUCAGUUGGAUACUUGGUCGUCCAUCGGUGUGUGUGGACACUUUACGGAUCUUGAGGACUCACCAUUGAAACAAUGGCAGCUACUGUCUGAACAGGCCGCUGCUUCAAUGUCCCGUAUUGUUGGGGCCGCACCUGAGGAGGUCGCAGCCAUGGGAACGUUGACUAUGAAUCUCCACCUGUUGCUUGCAAGCUUCUACAAGCCAACUGAGAUCAAGCGGAAGAUUCUCAUGGAUUGGAAGGCAUUCCCCAGUGAUCAUUAUGCAAUUGAAUCACACAUUGCCUGGCAUGACCUAGAUUCAAAGGAGAACAUGAUUCUCAUUGGCCCAGAUGAGGGACAAUACGAGAUCUCAACAGAGAAAAUCCUGUCCUAUAUCGACGAGCAUGCUGAAACCGCAGCGCUGCUUCUUCUCCCCGGUAUCCAAUACUACACCGGACAGCUAUUUGACAUCCCCACGAUCACCAAGUAUGCCCAAUCAAAGAAUCUCGUCGUUGGAUGGGAUCUGGCACACGCAUAUGGAAAUGUGGAACUGAAGAUGCACGACUGGAACGUCGACUUCGCAGCUUGGUGCACGUACAAGUACGGCAAUGCCGGGCCCGGCGCGAUGGGUGGUCUUUUCGUGCACGAGAGACAUGGUCAGGUCGAUUAUAGCGCUGGACCAGAUGCCCCGCAGUUCCGUCACCGCUUGACAGGAUGGUAUGGUGGUGACCGGUCGGUGAGGUUUAAGAUGGACAACAAGUUCAAGCCUAUUCCCGGAGCUGGAGGCUUCCAGGUCUCCAACCCAUCAGUCAUUGAUUUGACCUGUCUUUGUGCGGCUUUGUCCGUCUUCGACCAGACCUCUAUGGCUGAUUUACGCCAAAAGUCGUUGAAGCUGACAGCGUAUCUGGAGUUCCUACUUCUGAAGGACACCGACAAGAAGACUCGUCUAUAUGAUAUUAUCACUCCGUCAAAUCCCAAUGCUCGGGGUGCUCAACUGAGUGUUUUGCUCAAGCCUGGCUUGCUGCACAAGGUAUCCGAACGCCUACAGAAUGCGGGUAUCAUUUGUGACAAGCGGGAGCCGGGCGUCGUCCGAGUGGCGCCAGUGCCGUUGUACAACACUUUCUCUGAAGUGUUCAACUUUGUCAAGGAAUUCAAGGCCGCUUUGGCUUCUGAGUAG